UUCUUUCAGCUCCUUGGCCAGUGGCCUUGGUGGCACUCUACCCCUGUGGUCAGUCCAGAGCCUCUCCUGCCCAUGCAGUAUUCAGCAGCCACAGUUGAGGGCCUUAGUGGCCCGCUGUCUGGGGCCUACACACUCCCCACCUUCAAGUUCCAGCCUCGCCGUGAGAGCAUAGACUGGAGGCGCAUCAGCGCUGUGGACGUGGACCGUGUGGCCCGGGAGCUGGACGUGGCCACCCUGCAGGAGAACAUUGCUGGCGUCACCUUCUGCAACUUGGAUCGAGAGGUGUGCAACCACUGUAGGCAGCCUGUGGACCCAGUGCUGCUCAAGGUGCUGCGCCUGGCACAGCUCAUCAUCGAGUACCUCCUGCACUGCCAGGACUGCCUGAGUGCCAGCGUGGCGCAGCUGGAAGCACGGCUGCAGGCCAGCCUGGGCCAGCAGCAGCGUGGCCAGCAGGAGCUGGGUCGCCAGGCUGAUGAGCUCAAGGGUGUUCGGGAGGAGAGCCGGCGGCGGCGAAAGAUGAUCAGCACCCUGCAGCAGCUGCUCCUGCAGACCGGGGCCCACAGCUACCACACGUGCCAUUUGUGUGACAAGACAUUCAUGAAUGCCACCUUUCUCCGGGGCCACAUCCAGCGCAGGCAUGCAGGCACGACAGAAGUCGGAAAGCAGAAGCAGGAGCAGCCACUGGGCGAGGUGCUGGAGGAGCUGCGGGCCAAGCUCCAGUGGACCCAAGGGGAGCUGGAAGCCCAGAGAGAAGCUGAGCGGCAGCGGCAGGCCCAGGAAGUAGAGAUGACUCGUCAGAGGGAAAUAGAAGCUAAAAAAAAGUUUGAUGAAUGGAAAGAAAAAGAACGGAGCAAGCUUUAUGGGGAAAUAGACAAGUUGAAACAAUUAUUUUGGGAUGAAUUUAAAACUGUUGCCAACCAGAACUCUACGCUAGAAGAGAAGCUGAAGGCGCUGAAGUCCUACAGUAUGACUGAGUCCCACCUUGGGUCUCUGCGGGAUGAGGAGUCAGAGGAGAGACUCAAGCAGGCCCAGGAGCUCCAGGCCCUUCGAGAGAAGAUGGAAGUUCAGAAAACAGAAUGGAAGAGAAAGAUGAAGGCACUCCAUGAAGAGCGGGCAGCCGAGAGGAGAGAGAUGCGGGAAGAGAAUGAGAGGCUCCAUGCCACCCUGUCUCAGGAUCAGAAGAAGGCAGCUGCCCAGUCUCAGCGCCACAUCAAUGCCCUCCGUGCCCAGCUUCAAGAACAAGCCAGGCUUAUCGCGUCCCAAGAGGAGACGAUCCAGACAUUGUCCCUCAGGAAGAUGGAGGAAGUCCAAGAGUUGCCCAAGGCUGUUGUGGACACAGAGGAGGAGGACUCUUCUGAGGAAGAGCUGCAGGAGUCCCAUGAUGAGCAGCGGAAGGUGUUAGCAGCUCUGAGGCAAAACCCCACUUGGCUGAAGCAGUUCCGACCCAUCCUGGAGGACACCCUGGAAGAGAAGCUGGAAGGCAUGGGGAUAAAGAGGGGCACAAAGGGAAUUUCAGUUCAGACUCUCCGACACCUGGAGUCCCUGCUGAGAAGCCAAAGGGAGCAGACAGCCAGAAGCUUUCGUGAAUUUUGGCGUCUGAGGGAAAAACUCAAUAAGGAAGUGACCGGCAGAGUGAAGGAGAGAUGGGAGAGCACGGCUGUAGUGUCCCAGCCAGGCGGCCAGCCUCCAGUCAGAAGCCAGCCGAUCACACUGGCCACAAGGGAGGUCCGGCCAAAGACCAGGACCCUGAAUGUGGCGCUGCCAUCCAAGCCAGCCCAGCCUUCUACGCCAACUCUUCAGAGCCACAGCAGCCAUGGCCCUGGCCUCACCCAGGUGUCCACCCCCAUUCCACGCCCCCGAGUGCAUGGACCCUCCAGUACCCCUGUUUCCCCUGGGCCCGGGCUGAGCAGCACCCCCCCUUUUAGUUCUGAAGAGGAGCCAGAAGAAGACAUUGUGCAGCAAGUGUCUCUUCAGCCCCCCAAAGUUCUUUCCAGAUCUGCGCCCCAGCCGGAGGACAACUGGGGCUGGUCUGAUUCUGAGACCUCGGAGGAGAGUGCCCAGCCCUCCGGCAAGGGCUCCGGUGGGCUGGCUUCCUCAGGAACACUGGUGCAGUCGAUGGUCAAAAACCUUGAGAAACAGCUUGAAACUCCAGCAAAGAAGCCGUCCGGAGGGGUCAGUGUGUUCUUAAGGCCCAACACUGCCCUACAGAGGUCUUCCACACCAGCAAGGAAGUCUCAGCUUUCUGAGGAUGAAAGUGACUUGGAGAUCUCAUCCUUGGAAGAUCUCUCCCAGGACCUGGACCAGAGAGGAACGCCAAAGCCUUUGUCUCGAUCAAAGCUCCCAGAAAAGUUUGGUGCCAGCCCUUGGAGUUCUGGCCGACCUAGGGUUCCUGGCUGGUGAUUCUGCUGUGGUUGCCAGAGGACUUAGCCUCUUUGCCU